GGUCCCCGGGGCGGGGAAUCGUUGUGGGGCUCGGCCGCUGGGCCCCGGGCUCCCGGGUAGCCCAUGGCGGGUAGCGACGUGGCUAGUGAGGGGUCAUCGCCGAGGGGCGGCGCGACCCGGAGAACCGGGGCCACCGGCGGGCUGCGGAGCCAGACGGCCGCCAGCUGCCCCCAGCCGCUGUCCGCUGCUGAAGCUCCGGCCGAGCGUGGCGCGCUGCCCGCCUGGAUGCGCCUCUACUUCUAUGGGAUGCACGGCAUCACCCUGGACGUGCUGGUGUCCUCUGCCAGGCGCUUCGCCCGCAGCCUGGAUCUGCGGAUGCUGGGCUUCUCUUCGCCCUACCGCUGCCUCCUGCACUCGCUCACCCACUUCGCCCUGGAGCAGCUCUACCUGCAGCGGCCGCGUUGCCCCAGCGCCUUCCUCUUCAAUUUCCUGCUCUACCCCUCUGCGCACGUCGGGCUGCAGACCCUGGCGGGUCAGGCGCUCCGGCUCAGCCUAGGCGGCGGGCCGGGGGGCGCAGCAGAGCCGGGGGCGCUCGACCUGGCGCUGCAGUACGUGCUCGCGCUCUACCACGGCCAAGUGUUCCUGAAGCGCUUCCUGCGUUUGCGGUACCCACGGCAGCGGGAGCAGCAAACCAGGGACACAGUACCCGCAGCCCCGGACGCCCAGAGCCUUUGGGAGGCUGGUGGCCAGCGACGAGGACCCCAAAGUCCAAAGGGCAUAGAAAGAUCCCCUACCCAGGGACUGCCUGACCUCCUUCGCUUCCUUUUCUUCGGAAUGCACGGCUUUCUGGAUGAGAUCUUCUUCACCUUCUUCUUCAAUGUGCUGGGACAGGGGGACGGGACCAGCAGUGGUCACACAUCUCUCUGGUCUUUCUUCAUGUAUGGAAGUUGUAGUUUCGUGGUGGAAAAACUCUACUUCCACCUUCAAUACAGUCGUGGCUGGGGCACGUGGAAGCGGGUGCCCAUCUACGUGAUCUUCAUCUAUGCUUGGGAGUUUUCCUGGGGUCUGGGACUUCGCAUGUGCGGGGCCUGUUCCUGGGACUAUUCUCACUACCCGCUUAAUUUCAUGGGUCUCAUCACCUUGAUGUAUUUACCGGGUUGGCUGUUUCUUAGUGUGUACCAGGACCUUCUGUCCAACGUGUUGUGGCGGGUGCAGUAUGUCCCAACGAACUAAGUUUGGGGGGAUGCGGGGGUGAAGAAAAGAAAGUUAUUGGGAUCUGAAAAAUGAUGCAAUUUAUUUUUCCACAUUUUAAACAAGGUGGCUUUGCUUUCUGUCUUUUAAUUUUUUUAUAUACACUUUACUAAACUCUUCCAACAUGUUCUUGACAUUUUAGUUUUCUGGACUACUUGGAAUCUCUAUAUGUAAAGUUCAGUACUUUGGAAUGUUACUCAAAAAUAACUCAGAAUAUUUAACUCAUCAACAAUUAAAACUUUAUGAGGCCAAACAGCAAAACCACUCGACCUUAACAUCAGGAACGGGUAGUAUUCACGUGACCUCCAGGAGCGAUAGCUACAUAUUUUUUUGUUCCUCUGCGGAAGUUUUCAGACCAGAGAACGGUGACGACUUCAAGUUUCUGAUGUAAUGAUCUGUUUACUUUCUUUUCGAUGCAAUUUCAUUCCCACCUUCUUUCCAUGUUUACCCAGUGGCGGCUGAAACUCCAUGUCUUUUACUUCAGAAACUUCAGUCCACAGCUAUUAAAGUGCCUCUGUCCAGCAUACAGGUGAGAGGAAGCUGGCAAGUGUGAAAACAUCCCAUGAACACAUUUUGACAUGAGGAAGUCCUUUCUGUCAACCCCAAUAGGUGACACUGUGUUGAGAUAUUUGAUCGCCAUCUUGGAAAUGAUUGCUUUCCAAUGUUGGCUAGCCUUAAACACUACCUGUGUUAACAUUGACCAGACCAUGGUGUUAUCCAAACUUUUGUAACUGUGCAAUAACUUACUCUUUACCCUAUAUGUCCCAGGGUCAAGUGACUUAGACCACCUUCAAUAGUGUUCUAACUCUAAGGACCCUUUUUCUACACAGAGUUUCAAAUAUAGAAAAAGUGCUUUGGAAAAAAAAAAAGAAUCUGAAUUCUCCCUCUAAUUACAUUAGGCCUAAUCGUUUUCUCUACUAACUGAUGUGUUUUCUCCAUAUUUUCCCCAAAGUUCCCUUUUUUAAAAAAAAAUAAAAAUUCCAGGCCCAGAAUUUGGGGUCAGGCUGAUGCAGUAAUAGACAGUAUAAAUCCAUGAUAGCUUUUUGACAGCUUAUGAUUAAUUCAUGUCUAAAAGCUUCAAAGUUAAACGAGAUGAUGGAAGCCAUUCUAAGAAGUGAUAUCUAAUUGAUUAAUAAUGUACUCUGAGGGUGUUUGUUGUUUUAUUGUAUUUAGAAGACCAAGUAGGAUGGAGUGUGGCUCAGGCAAGGAUGACCAAUAACCUCUCAGCUUUCAGAACAAAGAUAAUUAGGAAAACUUAGAACGUGUCUUAAUGAGUUUAAAUCUUCAAUUCGCCUGUGCUGUAAAAAGGGAUGCUUUUGUUUCAAGGAAAGAAAACGUUGCUAUGAAAGUAGAAAAGACUAUAUAUUUACAUGUGAUGUCCAGUUCUGAUGGUGUUAUAGUCAUCUAUCCCCUGAGCUAAACUAUAAGUAAUGAUGUGUAAUCAACCGCCCCUGUGAGAUGGAUGACGGCCAACUAAUUCUUUUCAUCAGCCAAAAGUUAAAAGGCUCUAUGUCUACCAAAGGCUUCUCAUAAGAUUUUUAUGACAGUUUGUCCCGGGUCAAAGGUUUCUGAAAAUGCUUGAGGGGAAACUUAUCUAAAUAGAGGCAGUAAAGCUAGACACUGGACGAGGUGUUUGUACUUCUAAUGGGACACGUGCAAGGGAAUCUAAGUUUAGUGUAUCACGGCUGCACAUCGCACACCCCUGGCAAGGUCAAGUCAGCACCUGGGCUGUUGAAAUGCUUAUUAAACUGUUUGCACUCAUCCCCUGCAUCUGCUGCUCUCAGAGCCACAGAGGAGCCCACUAGGCUCCUCUGACUCACAAAAACCCCAUGUACGGACACACAACAUUUUGUUCUCCUUUUAACACUUCCCCAUUAAAGGACAGAGCAAAGUUUUCACUCAUUAGACUUCUUUAAAUAUAGUACCCAGACACUUUCCAGGUCCAUAUGGACACGGCAAUGAACCACUAGACAAAUCUUUUUCCUUAUGAAGUUGGCAACCUGUUUUGAUUUAUUUCAAAUUACACUCCUUUUGUUGUU